AUUUGGUUUUAGUUGUAUUGAAGAAAAUAUUUAAAGCGCGUUUCAGAAAACAACAAAAUUUAAAGUUUUGAAAAAGAAAAUUUAACAACAUAAUAUAAAUUAACAAUUAAAUAAAAUGAAUUCUUGUACUGACACGUUUUUUUUAAAUUCUACAAAAAUGUUUGAAGAAAUUCGUAAUAACUUGCCAAAAAAUAAAAGCAAGACGCAAAAUUUAAUAGAAUCACUAGACGAUAUCUUGUUGGCAUGGAAUUCAAAUGAUUGUACUGUAUUAGCUUUGAAUUGGAGAGCUAUGAAAUUAAGGGGGUGUGAUGUUGUUAAACAUCAAAAAUUAAUUCCAUCAGUCCCACAAAAUUUUGAAGUAGAAAAAAUUAUAAGUUCACCGGAAGGCUCAAUGAUUUGUUUAGCUGGCAGUCGGGGUUUAUGUGUUAUGGAAUUACCAAAACGUUGGGGAGCUUAUGGACAAUUUUUAAAUGGGAAAGAAAUUAUUACAUGUAAAUCGUACAAUUUAGAUGAACAGUUUUUCCUUAACAAUAACCACAUUGAAUUGUAUCAAGUCAAAUGGCAUCCGGGUUCUCCAACAGAUUCGCAUUUGUUAGUUUUGUUAUCCGAUAAUACAAUAAGAGUUUAUAAUGAAACAGUAUUGCGUCAUGUUUGGAGAAUUGGACCAGUUCCCAAUGCAUGUGUGCAAUCUGAAGAUGGAAGCGAGGUACAAAAUAAAAGUGUAAAAGAUAGUUUCCCAACACUACUUGAUAUGGGAGAAACGGCAGUUGAUUUUGAUAUUGCACCCCCGAGAGUUGUUUGUGAAAUAAAUAUUGAAGAAACUAAAGAAAACGUAAACUUAACAAAUAAAAGUUUAGCAAGUACUUUAAAAAGUCCAUUGAACGAAUCAAUUAAUAAAAGUUUAAAUAGCUCUUCGCUGAAUGCAAGUAAUAAAUUAGAGAAGGUCGAAUGGCCUAUUGUAAUUUUACGAGGAAAUGGAAACGUUUAUGUCCUCAGUGUUGGGAUUGAAAGUGGGAAACCAAAACUCCAGGGACCAUUAACAUUUUUACCUCAAUGUGGUGACAAUUACGGAACUGAAUCUUGUUCUUUGAUAGUAAUACCAUCUCUGCCACCAACUCUAGUAAUAGCUGAGUCGAAUGGGAAACUCCAUCAUGCCUUAAUGAUAGAAAACGAAUCUUUAGAAGAAUCAUUUAGUGAGAUAGAUUCUAGUCUUUACAUACAUCCAUCUGAAUGGACAAUCAACGUACUUGAAACGGUUACUCUAGAAUUAGGAUUGAAAGAAGAAGAUCAAGAGCAGAAAAAUUUAUAUCCAAUUCAUUUAAAGCGUGACACAAUCAAUGAAUUACGUUACUUUGCAUACCAUAAUACAGGAUUACAUGCUGUAAUUUUAAAUUUCAUUCGAGAGCUAGAGCGGUUUGUUGAAGCAGAAGGUGUGUCAAAUGAUAUAAGUUUAAAUAUUCCAUCAAGUGCUGAAUAUAUUGUUUGCACUAAAGUAAAGGAAGAUGAUCAUACAAUAAAUGCUGUGUUAGGAUGCACUUUAUUUCAUAUGCCAUCUGGGAUUGUUCUUUUACUUGGUAGUGGUGAAGUAAUAAGUUUGAAUGUAAUAAUUGAUCCUAGCGUACUUAUCGAUUCAAUGAGACAACUUACAAUAUCCCCCAGUAAAAGUGAUAUUAAUAGUACUUUGUCAAAUGCAAAUUCUCCUAUACAAAAGAUAAUGAAAGAAUCAUUCGUGCUUCAUAUUUCAAAUAUAUUAAAGAGAACAGUAUCGCAACCAAUUUUAUCGUUGGACAAAAAUGCUGAUCUUUCUCCAGAAGAAAUGUAUAAAAUUUUAUCGCAAUCGAUAACAACUCUUAAAGAUCAAUAUUUUAAAAAGCAUGAAAAGGUCCGAACAGAAAUUUUACGUCGUGUUAAAAUUUUAAAGCUUUUGAAAGAACAACAACAGAAAGAAGUUGAAAAUUUAGAAAAUGAAAAUAAAAUAAUACAAAACGAAUCAAAACGAUUAGCAGAAAAGUAUGAGAAAAUCUAUGAAAAGCAGCAGGAACUUUCAAAUCGUUGUCAGGAUUUGAUAAGGCAAGCGAAUGUUAAAAUUCCAAAUAAUAAUAUAUCUGAUGCUGAAUUUAAAGAAAAUGUUCAAAAAAUUGAUACAACAACAAAGAAUUUAGCUAAUGCUUUACACCAGAUUAAAACAGAUAUUAAAAAACAACAAUAUCAUAUUACCAAAUAUUCACAGGAGACUGAAAAAAAGAAAAUCGUCUUACCAGCUAAACAAGAAAAAUUAAUAAGGGAAAUUUUGUCUGAAAUUACGACUGAAAUCGAUACACAAAUCAAAGACAUAAAACGAAUUAACAAUGCAAUAAAUUUAUAAGUGUUUUUUUUUUCUUUUUGUACUAUUUGAAAAUUCAUUUUUAUUUGUUUAAAGAUGUUUGUGAACAAUUCUGAAACUAACAGCAUACAAAAUAAUUGAAAAUAAUUACAAGAAAAAAUAAAUUCAAUAAAAGAAACUCAA